CCUUCCGCGAGUUCUUUUCUCUUUGGUCUUUCCCCGACCAAAAGCCGUAAGGCGAGUCUUGAUGGGGCGCAUGCGCCCCGGUGCUCUUCCCCUAAACCGGGUUGGGUUGUACCGAGACUGCGGUGCAUGUUGGGAAACUGGGGGUUUUGCUGCUUUUUCCUCUCCGGGGGGUCUGGGCUGAGGCUGCAUCUGCAGAGAUGGACGUCUUUCUAAUGAUCCGACGUCACAAGACAACUAUCUUCACAGACGCCAAGGAGUCCAGUACAGUGUAUGAGCUGAAAAGAAUUGUGGAGGGGAUUCUUAAGAGACCUCCAGAAGAACAGAGAUUAUACAAGGAUGAUCAGCUGCUGGAUGACAGCAAAACUCUCGGAGACUGCGGCUUCACCAGUCAGACAGCAAGGCCCCAGGCCCCAGCAACAGUCGGCUUGGCCUUCAGAGCCGGUGAUGCCUUUGAGAGCCUCUGCAUCGACCCCUUCUCCAGCCCCCCAGAGCUCCCAGACGUGAUGAAGCCCCAGGACUCUGGCAGCAGCGCUAAUGAGCAAGCAGUGCAGUGAAAGACAGCGGCUGGCGGAGUUUGCUGCACAACCCACGGUACCCUUGAACCCUCUCCCCCGGCCUCCCUCUGUCAUCCGACAUGGAGAAAGUUAUGGCGUUAUCCCUUGCCUCUGAUCCCGGUUUCCCUUUUGUCCUUCCUCUCUAAGCAAGACGACACGCCGCCCUUCCAAGCCCACCCUCAGUCAUCUGACAGAGCUGUUUUCACUUUGGUUUUGAGAAUAAUAAAAGUUCAGCUGUUUUUUUCC